AUGUCCGUUAAACUCUCUCCCUCUCCCUCUACUCUUCUCUCUUUAGCACCGCCUCUCCCUCAUGCGCACCUUAGCCCUCCCCUCGUUUCCAUGUCUAUCCUACGCCGCCUAGGUCCAAAACACCUAACCACACACCUCAGGCACCACAACAGGCGGCGUCUAGCCACUGUCGCCGCUGCAGUACGGCAAGACACAACAGUCUGGACGCAAGCGCCUCUCUCCGAGAUCGAACCAGCAGCCGAAUCACUCUUCCACGUGAGCAUCGACGUCUCAGACUCUGCAGACAUCGCAGCUUCGUACACAUGUGCUGGACAAUAUUUACAGCUGCGCGUCCCAGAGGUGGAGAAGCCUUCGUUCCUGGCCAUCGCCUCGCCGCCAUCUUACGCAGCGGAAAAAGGGGCGUUUGAAUUUUUGGUGAAGAGCGUAGCGGGAUCGACGGCAGAGCUGUUGUGCGGACUUAAAAGAGGAGAUUUGGUGGAAUUGAGCCAAGCUAUGGGGAGAGGUUUCGAGAUUGAUCAAAUUGAGCCUGCAGAGAAGUAUCCUACGGUUCUGAUUUUCGCCACUGGAUCUGGCAUCAGUCCAAUUCGAUCUCUUAUAGAGUCAGGGUUUAGUGCCGAUAAAAGAUCUGAUGUGAGGCUGUAUUAUGGGGCUAGAAACCUUAAGAGAAUGGCUUACCAGGAUAGGUUUAAACAUUGGGAAUCUUCUGGUGUUAAGAUUGUGCCAGUGCUAUCACAACCAGAUGGUAGUUGGACUGGUGAAAGUGGCUAUGUACAGGCUGCUUUUGCCAGGGCCAAGCAAAUUCAUAGCCCUACAGGCACUGGUGCUGUUCUCUGUGGGCAGAAACAGAUGACCGAGGAAGUAGCAUCAAUUCUUGUAUCAGAUGGAGUCUCGAGUUGA